GUGGUAUACGCAGAAUGACCUCAUCAGUCCGUGCCAUGUGACUACAGGAUACGUCUUCGCUCCAACCACCAGCGCCAACGAGAGUGAGAUCUCCAGUGAUGCCGUGACGUACAGCAGUGUGGAUGGCUUUCCUCCAUAUCGUUCCAACAACAAGAAGGCAGCUGCAGAGGAGAUGCAUUGCAGUGUCAGGGCCAACGGACAGGUGGCGCUACCUCACUUCCCAAGGACACACCGGCUGCCCAGAGAGAUGACCCCCGUAGAACCGGCAGCGUUUGCGGCUGAGCUGAUUGGCCGUCUGGAGAAGGUGAAGCAGGAGCAGGAGACGAUGCACACGCUGGAGGAGCGGCUGCAGCAGAUCAAAGAGGAAGAAGACCGAGAGGAGUGUGAGACCCCCAUCUACUUUCAGACGCCCCGUGACUCCAUGGCCUCCUGCGAUGAUGACCCUCAGGCCAUCUUAGACGAGCACCUAUCUCGAGUCCUGAAGACGCCGGGCUGUCAGUCUCCGCAGGUUGUGGGGAGGUCUCGCUCCCCGGAGCGCUCUCGUAUCCUGAGGCCUACAGCUGUGGUACAGUCCGUGCGCUGCUCCGUGCCCACCAAGAGCAAACAUGUCCACCACCACUACAUUCAUCACCACACGGUGCCCAGGACUAUGGAGGAGAUGGAGGCGACGUGCCAGGUGCGGUGUCUGUACUCCAGUCCUGCCGACUAUUGCUGCUACCUGAAGACCAGGACUCCCUGCCUGGACCUGCCGCUCCUGCACAUGGAUGCCAUGGGGAGGAAGGUGAUUCCUGACCGUUCGGGGGAGGGGGGAGUUGUCUACCAGAUGCCCAUAGAAGAGUCCUGGCAGAGGGUGCUGGAGAGCGAGCGGCUGAGCAAGCACCACAGCGCGCAGAACACCUGGAGGAACGCAGCGUGUGAGCCCACCAGAGCUUCAUCAGCAGAGCGCCCGUCACGACAUCACCAGGGCAGCGCCCCCAUAAGAUGCCAGCACCCACCAGGUUUGGACACCACUGUGGUGUCAGUCAGCACGCUCGCUCAGCUGGAGGAGGCAUGCAGGAGGCUGGCGGGGGUGUCCAGACCAAGAUUAAG